GGAUUAACGAAUGGACGUGAAGGAUUUUAAAUAAAUAAUUACGCGGACUAGUCACGCUUUCACGUCAAUGCAGCAGCUCGAGUUUUAAAUAUAAAUAUAAUAUUCUCACGCAAAUUUAUAUUUAAUAAAUAUAUAUAUUAUUAAAUGUAUAUCUACGUUGAUAAAUAUAAAUCGAUUAGACAGUAAACACUGAACACACCGAUGGACCUUAGAUAGGAAAGAAAAAUAAUAAUAAUUAUUACAAUUAUUAUUAUUAUUGUUAUUUAUAAUACACAUAUUUUUAUUAGCUUGAUAAUCGUUAGUGUAGACUGGCAGUAGACCGACUCAAAUAAUUAAUUUUUACAUCAUAUAUUUUUUUAUAAAAAUUAAUAAAUUAUUUUAUUUAAUAUUUAUCAAGAUGUGAAAUAAAAAAAUUACAGACACAGACAGACUCGUGGCAGCUGAUAAAAGUUGGGGAUUAACUGAUUCGUGGUGCAGCGGGAACGAGAGUGACCGAGUGUGAGGAAAUAAAGUAAACUGGAGAAGUUAAAUAAAUUAAAACGUAAAUCGUUGGGUCUUAUCGACCCAAAAAAAAGAUCAAUCAUUGAUUCCGACGAGUCGACUGUGAUAAUGGGUGCCCAGGAGGAGGACACCAAGUCCAGUAUUAUAGACGAACCGAAUUCGACGGCAAAUGGUGUCGGGGGAGUUGGAGAUUUGCCAGCAAUUCAAAUUCUCACGCUGUUAGAAAAAGCUAAAUUUUAUACUUCACUAUUUCUCGAACCGGCAAUCACAACGAUACUUGCUGACUUUUCACCCCAUCCUGUCGCGUGCGUUGUUAGCGAGCACGUUUACGCCGAAGGACUUAAAAAUUGCUCUUGGGCCAGUUGCAGAGAAGGUUGCACCAGCGCGGCGACGCGAUGCCAUCAGCUACGAGUAAACUAUUCGCGGGUAACAUUUGAGGAAUUCACAUCAAAGCCAUUGGGCUCCAUACCCUGGGAUGUUACUGACACAAAGUUCUUCAUAAAUACCGAAGGAUGCGGAUACCCGCCGCGGGUCAAUUGUUCCGAGUUUGCUAAGGGGUUUGGAUACAGUAACAUGGGGAAAAUAAUUCCUUGUUACUACAGUCGGACGUAUCCAGGAACUGUUGUUUCUAGAUAUUCAUGGAAUCAAAAUUUGAGGCACUUGGUACUGGCAAUAGUGAUACCGAUAUUAAUAUUCGUGAUAUCACUGGCCGUAUUAUUUUAUUGGCACUGCACCCCAAUGACUAAAAGUUGCGGAGGUCCAGGUCGCAAUCUCAUUGAUAAAUACUCAAGAAAAGAAGAUUGCACUCCACUAUUGCAGCAUUCUAGCGGAAGACGAAUUCGAGGAAGACGAAGAGGAGUACUGAUUGUUACCGAGGGCUCACCCCCCAGCAAGGGAGUGACCCCCAAUAAUAAUAAUAACAAUAACGAUAAAUACCAAAUUAAUAAUAAUAAUAAUAAUGAUAAAAAUAUUAAUAGUAAUUUUAAAAAAAGCCAAUCAAAUUUAUUUGAAAUUAAUUUAUCUAAUUGGCCAAUAAUUGCUAAUCAUCAAGCAAUUAGAGUCUAAUUAAUAAUAUUUAUUUUGACUUAUAGGUUAAUUUUUUUAAUUUUUAAAUUAAUGAUGUAAAUUUUAAUAAUAAUAAUAAUAGACAUAAAGACUCGAUCGUCUGCCAGUAAAUUAAUACGCAAUCGUUUACGCGUUAAAUGCUAAUUAAAUUUUAAAGGACUUCAUUAAUAUAAAUCCAUUAUAUUAGAUGUUGUUUUAUUUUGAAUUACGUUCAAAAUUUAUCUAUGAAUAUAUUUUGAAAAUUUUGAAAAGCUCACAUUUUUAUCUUUAUUAAGCAUUUAAAUAAAAUAUAGAACGCUAGAUAAUAAUGAAUUAAAAUUUCGCCUGUGAAUAAUUAAUUAUAAUAAUAAAAGUAAUAAUAAUAAUAAUUAAUAAUUAAUAAUAUAUGCAUAAUUGUUACGACUUUUGUACAUACGUAAGCGGAUCAUUAAAAUUAAUUAUCAUUAACUGGCCGCGUGUUAUAUAAAUAUAGGUAUAAGUAAUACGUAAUAUGUAUUGAAAUUAUGAUAAAUUGUUUUUUUUAUUUUGAAUUUUUGAACGGGACGUGUCAAAUGUUUUCUGCGCUUUUCGCAACGAACUUCUUUUCGCAAAGAUAUUUUUUAAUUAUAUUUGAUAGACAAUUUGAAAAAAUAUAUAAUUCUAUGGCUAGAUGUUCCAAAACCAAAAUAUCUAAUAAUUACAAAAAUUAUUGAGCCUCAAGUUAUUAAAAUUUUUGCAGCAAUUUCUUGUGACUAGAUUUCGAAAUUCAAAAAAUUUUAUGAUUUUUAUGCCAAAUGCCCACUGGUUAUUUUUUUCAAAUUUUGGAUCUACAGAUUCUAUAGAUCUUGGGUCUGAAAUUGAGAUAAAAAUUUUUUUUGAUUUUCAAAAUUCAAUCCAUAUCAAAAUUCUGAAUUUUCACUGUUUAAUAAUUUUUGGAUUUUUUAAAAAACGAUAAGUUAUGAAAAAAAAAAAUAUUUAAAAAAAUUUCACUUGUAGUCUUUUAAAUUUUCUACAUGUGCAUAUUUUUAGUUUUUUUUUUUCUUCAAAUUUAAUUGCUCAAAAAAAAAUCCAAAAAUUUAUAACUGUUUGCUAACUCCAGGAUCGUAUUUUGAUCUACACAAAUCUAUACAGGAAGACAUAUAUAUAAAUAUGAAUACAUAAAUUUAAAAAAUCUGUCUGAAUAAAAUACAAAAUUCCGAUCUCUGUAGAUCAAUUUUAUAAAUUUAUUUUGAAUUUGGAUUUCAAAUUUUAUCUACAGAUCCCAUGCCAUGGACAUUUAGCCUCUUCUCCAAAAAAAAUAUAUCAAAUAUAAAGAAAUUGAAUGAAUAUUUUGAGAAAAGUAGAUCGUUCCGAACAAGUACUGAAAGCAUGUGUGUCCUAAACAUCUAGAAUGGUUGUGAAUCUUAAAAGAGCCCGUAAAAGGCUUUAAAGUAUAGACGGAAAAAUACAUCAGUCAUAAUGAGCUAAUUAUGAACUACUUAACAUAGUCAACGAUAAAAAAAAAAGAAACUAUAACUAUAUUAUUUUUAGUCGUAUCGCUCAUCACAAUUAGUAAUCCAAUUACUACCCUUUUUCACUUUACUACUUACUACCUUACCUUGACUCUCUCUUUUAAUUUUUUUUUUUUUAUUGAUAAGGAAAUUAAUUAAUUUAAAAACUAAUGCAUGGUUUGACAUUUAAAUAAUUAACGAUAAUUAUUAUCCUGCCUAAUUAAAGUACUAGACGUUGCUGACAAUCUAUUAAUAAAUUAUCUAACGCAACAAAAUUAUGAAUCCAACUUUAAUUAUCGAUAAUUAAUCUAUUUAAUAAAAAAAUAUCUAUGAAUUAUAUAUAAAUAUAUAUAUUUUUUUUGUUAUUAGUGCCAAGAUAUCGCAUUAAUCGAAAUUUGUCGUGGAUAUUUCAGACAAAAAAAUUUAAGCAAAUAAAUAAAUAUUUUGGAAGUAAAAAAAAAAUUAGAGUGAAAGAUUAAGCCGCAUGUAUAGAGUGUAUAAUUAUUAUAAAUUCAAGUACUUUAUAAAUAUAUAAAUAUAAAUGUAUGAGUAAUUAAUAAGUAAAUUAAUAUUUUUAUGAGUAACGCGCAAUUGUAGGAGACUACGAAAUUAAUUAAAAUUUUUUUGGCUCUAGUGUUAAAUUAGAGUCAUGAGAAUGUCUCGUUUCUCGGACGCACUUGAUAUUAAAUCAGCCUUUAAUCGCAAAGUGUUCGUGGCACCCGAAACUACUGCCGCGGGCACUGAGAUUUAUAAAUAAAAUAAUUGUAAUAUUCGCAGCUUUUAUUGUUACUUAUUUAUGGUUUUUUAAAAAUAAGCUGUAAAUAUAUCAUUUUCGUUUACGGAUAAAUUAUUGUAAAUAACUCAUUGUAUAAUAAUUUUAUUAAAUAUAUUAUCACAUUUUUUCUCCGUUUAAAA